ACUUCCUCCUUGCCUUCUUCAACCUCUUUCCAACCUCUUUCUGAACAAUCUUCUUUAACCUUUUUGAUCUUACACUUCUACAAUAAACCUUUUCAAUCACUGAAUCCACAAAUUAACCUACUCCGACAAACUGGAUCAACGUCGUCGCUUUCAGUUUCUGAUCGCACAACCCUUGAGCUUGGUUCUCAACUCGUCUUCUCAACUCUUUCGGACAUCACCAAGUGCGUUCUGAAGCUUUUAUUCAAUCGAAACCGUUAAACUGUACCAAUAACUGACAUAGCCAGCUAGAUUUGGUUUCCGACUCAAGUUCACUUUUCAACUCCGAUUUCAAAUUCACUUCCCGAAAACACCAACCAACGCCCAUCUCAAAUACCUCGCCUUCUCUUGCGUGUUAUCCAAGACUUUCUACCAAGAUACCCAUCUAUUCUCUCCUUGAGUUUGAUUUCAUCUAGUGUUAUUUUCCUCUGGUAAUGAUUCACACCUGCAUCUUCCUUCUUUGAUCAUCCAGAAUGGGUCGUCAAUCUGGCAGAGCCUCGUCUAUGGCUCGAAAUGCUGGACCACCCCGACAGCUCCGCUCGACUUCGCAGACAAAGCCGAAGUCUGGGCAACAGAUAUGCAAAAAUUAUAUACUGGGCCGUCCAUGCCACAAAAGCCCUAACUGCAGAUACUUCCAUGACGAGGAAGCUCGUAUCAAUUGGGGGAACCUGAAGCAAGACGAGAAGAAAGUUGGUAGCCAAGCACACAAGGCGUUGAUGAUGUCCGACACAGCAAAGCCAACACCAUCCAGCCUUACUGUUCCUUCCAAAGCUGGAACUAUCUCCCCAAAGCAAAUUCUCACGAAGUCAACAAUAUCCCAAACUGCCUCAACUUCCGAUACCUCGCCAAGCAUGCUGUCCACUGCCACUACCCCCCUCACCGACUACGUGCAUCCGCAUUUGCGCAAGAGCUCAAACAGCAGUUCAAACGCGAGUCAACCGUCCAGCAUCGAUUCUGCUGCGGGAAAGCUGAGCUUUAAUGAAUGGAACCAGCACCGUGCAGUUCUUGCUGCGUCUUUUACCCCACGACUCGCCGGGAGCACCGCCAUGGUUGGCCAAGACCAGCUGGACGGCGUUCUCAAAUACAAAACCGACAUGCUCACUUCCGGGAUUGUUCCACUUCGCGAGCAACAUGUCAAAUUGCUCGCCGCAGCCAAAGAAAAUGCGCAGGCCUUUAUCAGCAGAUUUCCUGUCGAUGUUACAAAUAAUAUUGACCGCGUUGCGGGCGGCAUUGCAGCCACUGCUGGAUUUUUACCUUUCGACGCUGGUGCGGGCGUGAAGCCUGAGAGCAUUACCGAUGAGAUGUGGGCGUUUAUGGGAGAGAGAGACGUCAAGAACAUGUCCAUUUCAACCAACUCUAGCAAAAGAUCUAGAGCUUCACGGAAGUCCAUCAACAUCACAGCAAAAGUCAUGGGCUUUAUCCAUCGCCGUGUUAAUACGGCUGACACCCCUACACCACUCGGUGUCGGUCAUCCGGCAUACGACAGCGGUUAUGAGAAGCCACGGGUUUGCCUGCCAAACUUUGGAAAUCGUCAGGCUAGCCCAAAUAAGCCUCGAUCUCCCUUGGACCAAGUUCAACCUGCUCUAGGCCUUGGUAUAAUUCACGAAGCUCCCCUGAGCAGCCUUCCCAAUGCUCCCAGAAAAGAUCCGGUUGUCUUCAAAUAUCAAAGCCCACAGGCGGCCACCGUUCGUGACAAUUCAGCACACAUAAAUGCUUGGCUGAAUGCAGCCAAAUUCAUCGCCGCUGACGACAUGGCCCUCGAGGAGGAAAAUAUCAUCAGAGCAAAAGAAGCAUCUUCUCAAAGCAGAGUUGAAAUUGUCUCCAAGUUUGUGCCUCGACAAGCCACAGUCACAAACAGUUCAUACGGAGAAGCAGUUUCAGGCGCCAGACUCUUGAGCCGCCCAGCCUUCCCAAUUGCAUCGGAUGGGGUGGUAGUGAGCAAGCCAUUGAAUGAGCUGAUUGAAGAUGCUCAUACAACGACUGUUGCGAAGACAAGUAUCAACUCGGAAAAUUAUUCGAAUGACGACGUCGAGAGCAAUCCAGAUGAUAUCCAAAGUAACUUUUGUCACCAGGUUCCAAAUGAGUCUGUUAACUUUGGACGGACAGCAAUGGCUAAAGCUGGCUCCAUGAAAGCCGAGUUAUGCAUAAACUACAUCCGCGGAUUUCCAUGUUACUAUGGCAAUGAAUGCGACAGAUACCAUGAUGAGGAGAUUCGCAAUGCUGCGAUGAUGAAUCCGUGCAUGGAGUAUAACAGUGGCCAGCUCUGCCACAAUCGGAAAUUUUGCACGCUCUAUCAUGACGUGGCCACUCACAAUAAGAAUAGAAAGGAGAUGACCCCAGCCCAAAAGACUGCCCCGGGGAUUUCUGGCUCGUCUAUCGCCCCUAUGAACGCACCGAGAUGCCUAGAGUUUGCUCUAGGCCACGAAUGUCCUCGGAUGCCUACAUGCACACUAUACCACGAUACAGUUUUCCGCAACGCUACCAGAUUCGCAAACGACAUUUGCUUCAACUUUCUUCUGGGGUUGCCUUGCCACGCUGAGAUGUGCAAAUAUCGACACGAUAUUGGCCUCCGAGACACACUGAACGGGGUUCGCUCAUACCGUUCGAUGCCAUUCAUGGACGGUGCUUGCUCGAAUAAGACCGAGGCUUCCAAUAGUGAAAACCAUAGACAUAUACAGGAACGUCCCAACGUGCUGGCUCCAAUCACCGCCACAAUUCCCAUUGCCAUUAGCACCGCUGCACCGCUGUGCUUUAACUAUCUAUUUGGCAUGCGCUGCAGUGCUGGAACCAAUAAUUGCAGAUUCAAGCACGAAGAGGGUCUUCGUGCGCAGGUGAUGAAGAACACCUGCAGAAAAUUUGCCGUGGGGUACACUUGCAUGGCAGGUAGAGAGUGUAGAUUCUAUCAUGAUGUUAAGUUUCGCGAUACGUUGAGAGAGUAUAAGCUUCGCCAAGUUUCCGCACAGGAAAUCUCCAAGGUCGAUGCUAAGGGUCUCCCUCAUGGAACCCAGAAAUGUACUCAGGAAACCAAAAAACCAAGCAACUUGGCUGAGAAGAAGGUUGUGGCCAGAACUGCAUCCAUUGAACCAACCUCACCAGCAAAAUCCGAAGGCGCAACUGCUUGGGGAGAUUUUGCGGCGCAUAUUGCAACCGGGGAUGCAGAAGCAGCCACACGCGCACGUACGAACAGUUCAGGAGGAUCUCAGACUAGCCUUAUUACGGUUUUCAGAGACAGGGCUGAUAAAGCUGUUAAUAGCACAGCGCCAAAGGACAAAAAACCCGGUAACACAUCCAUGGUACCAGGAAAGAAAUCUGGGUCCAAAUCACGAGUAGUUUCAAUCACCAGCCGGGAUUCCUCAAAUACGAAGCCCAUUGCAGCAAGGGAGGUGAUUGAAUCAGGUAGUAGCAAUAUUUCGCAGCCCUUUGUCAACAACACUCCGUGCAAUUCGAAGCUCACGAGAUACUGCCCCCGAUUCCACGGCGGGAGAUACCACUGUGAGAAUGAGGAUAAGUGCGGCUUUGUCCACGAUCCGAAGUUGCAACAAAUCUACAAAUCUAAGGACCCCAGAUUUCAAAACACGAAGCCACCAAGACAUGGUGCCAAGACCAGCCAGUGGGCAAAGAACUCAUAUGACUGCGGCGCUUGGUAAGGGCAUUUCGACUUGUCAGAUAUACUAUUUGGUGUUUGGGUGUGUGGACUAAUAUCGUAUCGGUAGGAGCUUAACGAUAGUUCCAAUGGCACCUCUAGCCAAGACCAAGGGGAAAUUUGUUCGGUUUCCUCUUCUACCCGCAGAAAUUCGUUUGAAGAUAUGGGGCUUUUGUCUCGCCCUUCCAUAUUCUCCGAUUGUACACCAGCACUUCAAGAAUGUGCGCAGUACAAAGCCCACAGCAAGAUAUGUCUGCUUCACUCGACAUCCUCCUCUCCUCGACACCUGUACUGAAUCACGAGUUGAGGCAUUGAAAUACUUUUCACUCGCUCUUGGGACUGUUACAUCUCCACCGCGAACUUAUAUCAAUUACGAGGCAUCAUCUGUUUACCUCUGCACUCGCCGCUCGGGCUAUUUUAUCCCUAUGAUGCAGUCACUUCUUCCUGUCGAUCUCGCCAACAUUCAGGGCUUGACUCUAAAACUCCGAGAUUGGCUCAUCAACGACGACUGCGUUUUCCGAGACGCUAUCUGGAAAUUUACGAAUUUGAAGAGGUUGACGAUGCUCAUCAGCACCAGCGAUGAGGAUGAAGAGUUUCGCACUCCUGUAGCUAAAGAUGUUCUCAUGUCUACUUUGGCAUGGCAAGCUGAUGAGUUGAACCCUGGGUUUAGGAUGCCACUUAUCCAUAUUAUGGUUCUGGAUGGUCUGGAGAUCGACUCAGAUCCUGAAGAGUACGCUCCGCCAGCUACCAGAGGCGAACGAAUUGCAGACCACUUUCAUGAGCUUCAGAUCCAGGCGCUAUUCUCCAGCGCGGUCUAAUGGCCAAAAGGAUGACGUUGAUGUUAUAUGCAAUGCUACUUUUGAGAAUUGUUUUAUACUUGGUUUCUUUUUUUCUUUCGCGGAUAAGAGGUGUGCUGAAGGGAUUGGAAGAUUUGCACAUCUGGAUACUAUGGAACUUUGUGGGAGAGUUUAUGGGUGGUGCAUUAUGGAUGGCUGGAGAAAUUUCAUUUCAAAAGUUUCUUGUUUUUGCGAAGAGCUGUUUACGAGAGACGGGGUCUGGAUUCUGAGUGGUGAGACUUAGAUUAGCCAAUCCUGUGAAUCUGACAAAACUUUCACAAU